AUGGAUGACAGAGGCGGCGGCGGAGGAGGAUCUUUUGUGGCGGUGAGGCGAAUAUCGCAGGGGCUUGAUCGUGGAAGCUCUUGCCACUCGACCUCCGGCGCGGAGGUUGUGGCUGGAUCGGCUGCAUGGCUUGGCAGAGGCCUUUCAUGUGUUUGUGCCCAAAGAAGGGAUAGUGAUGCUCGCCCAUCAUUUGAUCUGACACUUGCACAGGAAGAAUGCCUAGAGAAGCUACAAAAUCGAUUAGAUGUAGCCUAUGAUAGUUCUAUUCCUGAGCAUCAGGAAGCUCUACGGUCCUUAUGGCAUGCUGCCUUUCCUGGGGAGGAACUACAUGGUCUAAUAUCAGAGCAGUGGAAGGAAAUGGGUUGGCAAGGAAAAGAUCCGUCUACAGAUUUUCGGGGUGGUGGUUUCAUAUCACUAGAAAAUUUGCUGUACUUUGCUAGGAACUUCCCGAAAUCAUUUCAGGUUCUUCUAAGGAAGCAGGAAGGUACUAGGGCGUUGUGGGAAUAUCCGUUCGCAGUGGGUGGUGUCAACAUUACAUUCAUGCUUAUUCAGAUGCUUGAUCUUGAAGCAGUGAAGCCCCGGACGUUUGUGGGAGCAACAUUCCUCAAAUUUCUUGAAGAAAAUGAAAUGGCAUUUGAUCUUCUGUAUUGCAUAGCGUUCAAGCUCAUGGAUCAUCUGUGGCUGGUCAUGCAUGCUUCUUACAUGGAUUUCAAUGCUGUGAUGAAAGCCACUCGACGUCAGCUGGAGAACGAGCUUCUCCAAGAAGGCGUCAUGUGCCUCGAGGACUUGCCUUCCUACACCCUUCUAACUCACUAG